UAAUCCCCUUUUCUCCUUUUGUUGGUUCGUUCUUGCUUUGCUGCUCAUGGCGCUUCUGAGGUAGGCGAUCUUUUGCCGUGCAACCUUCGUGGUGCUCGCCUGCUCUUAGUUCUGUCAUUCAUCUUGUGGCGACCCUGCCGAUGUUUCUGCCCUUGGCCAUGCUUGCGCGUAAAAUUUCUUUGCUCAUUUCUCAGCCAAGGGAAACUUCUUAGGCAGGGGCUGCUGCUGUUCUUUCUGUCGUUUCGCUCUCUUCCUUCUUCCGGGUCCUGCUACAUCGACGUCCUCAGCUUCUCGGCUGUCUACGCUCCCGUCACCGUAGACGCAAGAUGGGGGAAGUGCAUAUUCCUAUGCUUGAGCUAGGUGGUGGGAAUCCCACUCUCUGCAUAAGCAUACGCAUAUCAUGGUUGUGGGAAUACCGUGACCAAAACAAUGUGAGUACCUUGCACUAUAUUGGCCUAGUUCUGGUCGAUCAAAAGGGAUCCGGUAUCGCUGCUAUGAUUUAUCCUUCAUGGGACAAGAAAUUUGGGCAUCUGAUCAAUGAAGGGAAAGUGUACUUGCUUACCUACUACCACAUGAAACCCUGCACCAAACACUACCAGCCAAUUGAUAACAAGAUGGUGAUUAAUUUCACUAGAUGGACUACUGUGGAAGAAUGUGUCAUUGUGCCAGAUGGCUUUGCCCAGUAUGCUUACUCCCUCACUCCUUAUCGUGAACUACACUCCCAUGUGGAUAGAAAAGAUUCCUUCACAAAUACUAUUGGAGUCAUCACUGAAAUUACAUCUGUUACAACUGUCCAGAUGCGCAUCAAGGACGGUGAUAGCUUGAAAAGGAACGUCUACAUCUGCAACACUGACAAUGAGACAACGAAUAUUGCUUUAUGGGGAGAAAGGGCUACAAGCUUUCCUGAAGAGAAGGUUCUCAGUUCUCACAAGGAGAAGCCACAGAUAGUUAUCUUUGUUGGUGCACUUGUUAGAGGACAUGGAAGAAAUGUUUCUGUUGGUAACUCAGUUUGCAAAUGGUACAUAAAUAUUGACACACCAGAGGUCAAAUCCUUGGCUAUUAGUGUUGAAGGAAGUUAUGAGCCAAUCAAAUGGCUUGAUCUACCGGUUGGACCUGUUGUUCAGAACAAUGGUGAACAAAAGACAAUUACUAAAAUUAGAGAGUUUCACCCUUUUAAGUUCAAGAAACAUGAGUUCUUGGUUACUGUGGUCAUAAAAAAACUUAACAUGGAAUAUUCCUAGUGGUAUACUGCCUGUGAUAUAUGCAAGAAGACUGCAAAGCCAUAUGGAAAUUCAUAUAGAUGUGGAAACAAGACAUGCCCACCGGUUGUUUCAGCUUCACCUAGGUUCAAACUCAGUCUGCUAGCAGGUGAUCAUACAGCUGACACUACAUUCAUUGUUUUUGGUCGUUUGGCUCAAAGGCUCAUUUGUCGUUCAGUUGAGGCACUGGUUGUUGAAAAUCCUGCUAGCAACGACCACAUACCAAAAAAGAUCACCGAUCUUCUUGAAAAAGAAUUUGUUUGGAAUGUGAGCUUUACAGAGAACAUGGCUUCUACCAGAAUUGUAUCUUUCCAGGUAAACAGGGUUAUCCAAGGAGAUCAGAGUAGUUCCCUUGCCCUUUUACAAUCUCCAUCUGGAUCCCAAGCAUAUUCGAUGGCACCUUCCAUAGCUCUGUCCCUAGUUCCAUCUCAAGAUCUCUUCAUUGGACAGUCAACCCAAACAGGAACUCCAUCGAUAGGAUUUAGUGAUGGUCAGCUAGCCCUGGUUAGUCCGUCCAAUACUAUACAAAAGCAUAUUAAUAUAGAUGAUGAAUGUGCAUCGAAGAUCCAUGGACAGGAUAUUGCUGACAAUGAAGAUUAUGAUCAGGUGAGUGCAUUCUAUGCCUGGCUCUCUAACACAUAUAUCCUCACAUGA